GUGCUGUGGCGCGUUUAUUCAUUCGUGAAUCGUCCGGUACGGCGUCAACUAGGUUGUUUUUACGAAACAAAUAAUUAUAAAUUAAAAAUGGAAUUCGUAGGCAAGAAAUACAAGAUGACUUCGUCGGAAAACUUCGACGAAUUUAUGAAGGCUUUGGGCGUGGGCCUCAUCACCCGCAAGGCCGCCAACGCAGUGACCCCCACCGUGGAGCUCCGUAAGGACGGGGACCAGUACACGCUGGUGACCUCCUCCACUUUCAAGACCACGGAGAUGAAGUUCAAGCCCGGCGAGGAGUUCGAUGAGGAGCGGGCUGAUGGUGUCCAGGUGAAGACUGUGUGCUCGUUCGAAGGCAACAAGCUGAAGCAGGUCCAGAAGGCCCCCGACGGCCUGGAGGUCUCCUACUUGCGCGAAUUCGGCCCCGAGGAGCUGAAGGCGGUCAUGACCGUAAAGGACGUCACCUGCACCCGGGUCUACAAAGUACAAUAAGACAACCACUCAAGACUGCAGGGCGGCGCCCUACUUCUGUCCUAUUACUUAUAGCACAACUAUUUUAUAAAGUUAAAUUAUGUUAUACGCUCCUACAACUAAACGACUGCCCUGUGAAGUCGAGAUCGACCA